UUGAUCACCAACUCAACUCAUGUUGGCUGAGUAGCUAACUUCCGAACAACCUUCCUUUCUUACGUGCACGAGAAAUUUGAAUGUCGACCCAAAUGGUUGUACUUUAAAAAUCAGAAAAACACGUACACGUUCAUCCGGUUAACGUGCACUGGCAAGAAUUUUCUUUGUGGCGUUCACCACAGCACGCCGCCGCAAUCACGACCACCGCUCCUAAUUUGGGUUUUUUUCAGAGUCCCACCAUUUUUAGCAGUUUCAUUCAUUUCCUUUGUUGGAGUCAGCAUACUCUUUUUCGCUUCUCCAUUUCUGCUCACACUUUCUCUUCUCUCCCUCUCCUGGGUUUUUUUCGUUAAUGGCGGCUACACUUUCUCGAAAACUAGUCAGAGAUGCUUGCUGUAAAGGGGCGAUUUCACGUUUUUUCCAAGGCGUAAGGCACUGCUCUUCUGCUCCCGAGACCAUUCGUAAGAUUCCUCAUACUUCUAAGAAGGGGAGAUUAUUAACCGGAGCCACCAUAGGCCUAGUGAUAGCUGGAGGAGCUUAUGUGAGUACUGCAGAUGAGGCAACUUUCUGUGGUUGGCUAUUCUCUGCUACGAAACUGGUGAACCCCUUUUUUGCCCUUCUUGACCCUGAGGUUGCUCAUAGGCUAGGUGUCUCAGCAGCAGCUCGUGGUUGGGUUCCAAGGGAAAAGAGACCCGAUCCACCAAUUUUAGGUCUUGAAGUUUGGGGAAGGAAAUUUUCAAAUCCUGUAGGUCUUGCUGCAGGUUUUGAUAAACAUGCUGAGGCUGUUGAUGGACUUCUUGGAUUAGGGUUUGGCUUUAUGGAGGUUGGUUCUGUGACACCUGUUCCACAAGAUGGCAAUCCAAAGCCUCGUGUUUUCCGGUUACGCGGAGAAGGAGCUAUCAUUAAUAGAUAUGGCUUCAAUAGUGAAGGAAUUGUUGUAGUUGCAAAGAGGUUAGGUGCCCAGCAUGGGAAAAGAAAGUUAGAUGAAACUUCGAGCACUACACCUUCCUCUAGUGAUGACGUCAAACAGGGUGGUAAAGCUGGUCCUGGAAUUCUUGGAGUCAAUCUCGGAAAGAACAAGAAUAGUGAAGAUGCUGCUGCAGACUACGUGCAAGGCGUUCAUACAUUAUCACAGUAUGCUGAUUACUUGGUGAUUAAUGUUUCAUCUCCCAAUACCCCUGGAUUACGUGCACUUCAAGGUAGGAAGCAACUAAAGGACCUGGUUCGUAAGGUUCAAGAAGCUCGCAAUGAAAUGCAAUGGGGUGAGGAGGGUCCUCCUCCACUGCUUGUAAAAAUUGCCCCAGACUUGUCUAAAGAAGACCUUGAAGAUAUAGCAGCUGUUGCUCUAGCCCUUCGUUUGGAUGGAUUGAUUAUAUCAAAUACAACUGUUUCAAGACCGGAGCCUGUUGAUAAAAGUCCAUUGGCUGCUGAAGCAGGUGGACUAAGUGGGAAGCCUCUUUUUAAUCUAUCCACCGAUGUCUUAAAAGAGAUGUACAUUUUGACCAGGGGGAAGAUUCCCUUAAUUGGCUGUGGUGGCAUUAGCAGUGGUGAGGAUGCUUACAAGAAAAUACGAGCUGGAGCAACUCUUGUUCAGCUUUAUACAGCAUUUGCUUAUGGAGGGCCUGCCUUGAUUCCUCAGAUAAAGCGGGAACUUGCUGAAUGCUUAGAAAGAGAUGGUUUCAAGUCAGUCCAAGAAGCAGUUGGUGCCGACUUCAGAUAACAGCUUGUGCAGUUUGGGCUGAUGUCCCUUCAAGGUUUCUUAUUUCUGGUGGGGAUUGACUUGGAUUUGGAGAGUUCAAAUAUGUUUUUCAUUCUCAAAUUGCUGUUCCUUUCUCUCAGUGAGAGAGAAUUGUAAGGUAUAAUUGUUUAAACCUUUCUUUUCGGUUAUUAUAACGAGAGGUUUGAACAUUUUGUUUAUUA